CUGUGUGCCAUCUAUAAAACGCACCACAGGCGCUCCGGAGCCGAGACCGUGUGAGGGCGCAGAGUAGCGCCACGGAGCGCACAGACUUAUCCGAGGUGUGUGUGAGAGGUUGAGAGAGAGGGGGGAAAAAAGCACACCUGUUACUGAAGAAACGAAAGCAAAGUGAAAAAAGAGGACUGCGUCUUCCUCUGUAUUGCUACACACCUGACUGCACCUACUCCACACAUCCCACUUUCCAGUGGGGACCAUGUGGGUUCUGGAUAAGAUCCGCGGGUCGGUGGAGAGUGGUGUUCUGCGACAGGGGGAGAACGGGGACAAGAAGGGUGGCACCCCGACCUACAGCAACGUCCUCACCCCCGACAGGAUCCCAGAUUUUUUCAUUCCUCCGAAGUUGGUGAGCUGCCCCACAGAGCCCGAGAUCCCCGCCGUAAAGCCCAAAGAAGGCCUGCACCCGUCCACUUCUGAGCACACCAUCGGUAGUGGGAAGAUCAGCAGUCCGAGAAGCCCACGUUUGGUAGCCAAGAUUGCAGGAGACACCAAGAACUUGCUGAGAGCUGCAAACCGCCACAUUAUACAGAUAGAGAGUGCUGAUGAUGUGGUGGCUGGAGACACUAACGCAGACCCCCAGUCGCAGACUGCAAUGUCUCUGCCUUAUGUCCCCAAGACCCAGACGUCCUACGGGUUUGCUACCUUGAAGGAAAGCCCCCACACGCGCCGUAAAGAGUCGCUGUUCCACUGCGAGCUCACCAGUCCCAUCACCUCCCCAAAUACGCAGAGGAAGACUCCGGGCAGAAGCAGCGACACGGGAAACCACCUGAAUCCAGCUGACUUUAACACCUCUCACAUGAAUCCCUACCGAUACUUCAGCGGCGGAGAGAGCGACACCUGCUCCUCAGCCGAGUCCUCCCCUUUCAGCUCCCCUCUGCUCUCUCGCUCCGCGUCCCUGCUCAAGAUCUUCACCCAUGAGACGCAGGCCAAAGUGGUGAAAGCCAAGCGGACUUUCGCGCGCCACAGCUCCCUCUCCACCGACGAGUGCAGCUCGGCCGAGCCCAGCCCCAACGUCCAGCGACGGCUCCACGUCCCCACCUAUCACGGCGGCGCUGGAGCUUCGGACCACGGCCUCCAUCGGGAGCACACCAUCAACCUGCACAAAGGCGGGACAGUGCGGAUCAGCGUCAACUACGACUCCAGCACCUCCCGCCUUCUCAUCCGCGUCCUGGCGGCGGAGAGUCUGUACGACAAGCACUUCGACAUGAAGAGCAUCAACUGCUGCGUGUCUGUCUAUCUGAACCCGGGCAAGCUGCAGAAGCAAAGGAGCAACAUCAUCAAGAACAGCCGCAACCCGGUCUUUAACGAGGACUUCUUCUUCGACUCCAUAAGUUCGACUCAGGUGAAGAGCCUCUCCGUGAAGUUCAAGGUGGUGAAUAAAGGCACCAGCCUCAAAAGGGACACCUUGCUGGGAGAGCGAGAGGUGCCUCUGGGGAAGUUGCUCUCAGGGGUUUAAAGCUCCAGGAACUGAAGGUCAAAGGGGGGCAAAGAGCGAGGAUACAGAUUAAGCUUAAAUUAGAUGUUUGCACUGGUUUCUAUGUUUUAUUUAUUCUAACAGUGACCAUAAAGACAAAGGGAGAAGACAGGGAAGGACCUCCAAGAAUGAAAACCAAUCCCAUAAGGAACAUCAGCUUUAAUAAAUCUAAAUAAACACUAAGAGCACUAAAUAACCCAGAUGUAGCCGAUAUGUGGACACCUCAAGGAUUUAUCAUCCCAAGCUCUGCCUAACUCCCUCUCCCAUUAAUGAACACUCAUUAAACCAAGCUGGGCUGAACAGCAACGGUUGAAUUUGACACAUGAAAGGUUUUCUUUCUGGCCGGGUCUCCCAGCCAGCUCCGGUUCAAAGGUUGGAGGACACCUGUGCUUCACUGCGCUCAUCUGUGCGUGCCACGGUUUUAUUAUUGUAAUGUGGCAGAAAUCCGCAGCAGCACUGGAUGCGAUUCCCCAUCUCGCCAUGUGCUGCACGGGCACAGAGAUGCUUUUGUGAAACGGUGGGAGCUUUGAAGUGGCACUAGAGCCUGAUGUGCAAAUGACCCUUUGAUCCCAGUUGCCAGAGCAGCCCACAUUUACAUGCCCAUCAAAAAGUACAAUUAUAAUACGAUUGAUCUUGUAAGAAACACUAAAGUCUAUGUUAUAACGAUACAAUUAAGGAUAACUGAACGUUACAGAACAUUUACAAAUGUGGGGAAACGAUGUCUGUAGAGUUUAUAACCACCCGUGUUUAAUCCUUUCCUUCAGCAUCAAACAUUUUAAAGAAAGCAUUUGUCGCUGUCUUUUUGACACGUCAUUGAACAAAACAGAGCAAAACCACCUGUAUUCUUACAAGCAUGCAAAAUAUGAAAAAUAGCCUAGGUGUAAACAAAUCAUUUCUCAUCUAUUUUGAUUGCAGAGCAAGAUUCGGACACUAUCCAUGAAAAAAAUCUUAUGUUAGAAGCAGAUUUCUUCACCUUAAAAUAUUCCUUAAGCUUAAUUAUAGACAGAAAUGACUUGUUAAAAUGAGAUUUUUAUUAGUGAGCAGUAAUGUUUUUGGAUUUUAAUAUUUUUAAUAGCCUCCAGUCAUGUCUGUAACCGUAUGAAACACAGCUAUGAGUUAAUGAAAGUGGAGCAGCAAGGGAAACUGGUUGCAGUAUAUUUGAUAUACAUAUUUAUCUGGUUGAUGAAAUCCUUAUACUGUGAUGAAAUAGCGGUGUGGGCACUCCAGUUAAUAACAGUCCGUCAACAUGCAGUCAAGUCCAGUGUGGGCACCUUGAUUAAACAUCGACAUCGACUCCAAGACCAGUUGGUAAUUCUGAACUACAAGAUAAAAAACGCAGGCAAAUACUCAAAUGGUCUUUCCCUCAUUUAAAAUUUCAUUCCAGGUCGCUUCACUCUUCAUUGUUUACUCCAAAUCUCAACAGAUAUGAAAAAAGGACUCAUUUUAAAUAUAGUAGCAUGUAAAGGACAUUUUCUAGUUUGAUUAUUACAAGUGAAUGUAAGGUUUACACUGGACAAAGUGUUGAUUUGCUGUUUGCAGCAGGACAAGAAAGUCGAACUUUUUAACUUUUUAAUUUAUAAAUUUAUGCAACAACACAGUACUGUCCAAUAGUCACCCCUCAUUUCUUUAUCCUUUUAAGGAAAAUGGGAAAUAAGUGCAGUGAUUUGUUAAAACGUGCAAACAUAAGUGGAAAAACAGUAUACGAGGCAAAAACUGAGAGUGUGCAAUUCUAAGGAGCUUAAAAGUCAAUAUUUGCUAUGAACACUUUAUAUUCAUCAACACAGCCGGAACUCUCAAAGGCAAGCUUUCUGCUAAUUUCUUUAAGUGGUCUUCAGGAAUAGUUCUCCAGGACAUUCAAAGCUGUCCUUUGGAUGUUGACUGAUCCCACUCUGCUUCACUAAUUCUGAUCUGGGCUCUGGAGAGACCAACCCAUGACUGAUAGUACAGCUUAAUUUUCUACCCGAGUAUGCUUUCACUGCGUUGUUGGUGUGUUUGGGAUCACUGUCAUGUAGAAAAAUGAAGCUCUUGACGAUCAGAUGCUUUCCAGAUAGUACUGUACGGUGGAUUGAAACCUAGUGGUGAUUUUCUGUGUUCACAUUUCCAUCAUUUUUGACAAGAUCCUAGUUAAAACGUAGCCCCGUAUCCGUACAUGCCCAGUAGGACAGUAUGCCUUUCAACUAAAAAAGAUGUGAGCAAACGAUGGUUUGUGUGAUCAGCCGCUAGUAACAAAGUACCAAAAUAUACUUAUUUAAAAUCGCUUCAUUUCUAAAUUCGUCUUUUAUGUGUAGACACAUAGGUCAGUGGCUUAACAGACUCUGAAAAUGGUCAGGUACAAGGACUGGACUGAAGAUGAGUGAAAAAGCUGCCAAAGGAAAACUGUUGCUCAAGGCCACCUUAAAAAUGACACGAAAGCCUGUCUCCUUGGGAGCAAAUGAAUAAAGAGAUGAAGGGUGGAUUGAGACUUUUGCACUGUACUGUACAUUUGCCUUGUUGGCAGUAGACAAACGAUCAUACCAUUGUGCAUUGUGUAACUUUAUUCAAUGUCUCAUUUGAGCAGAUUAGAAAACUUGUGUCACAGCAAGUACCAGCUGCACAGUGUGAACAUGGCGCUGGUCUUUGCAUGAUGUGUGCAAGGAUUAAUUAAACCCUAAAGCCUUACACUGUGGGUGUACGUGAGUGUGUGUGUGUUUUGAGCCUGAUUUCCUUUCUUUUUCCUUUUUUCGUCUAAAGUUGUUAAUUUUCUAUGUCGUAUUUUGUAAACUGAAUGCUUUGAAACGACUCUUCGAUGUAUGUUGGGUUUGUAUUGUGUAUAUACACUUGUCUGUGAAAUGCUAAUUAUGCACCAGCGAGGGAGAAGUGCUUAUGACAGACAUUUUCAGAUAUACAGUUUCAUCUUUAAUGAAGUCCGAUGGGGAGGAAGCAGACGAGUCAGGAAAGAGAUGUCGAGAGAACAACCUUGUGUGCUUUAACGGGAGCAGCCGCCCCGCCUUCUGUUGCUGUUCUCUGUCGUCCUUCUGAAGAAUUAGAAGAAAUUGGAAGUGAUUGCAACCUCGAGUGCCCAGCAGAGGAGAGCGACUUCACAAAGAAAAUAAGUCAGAGACAUCAGACUGAUGCAAAUUACUGAGAGUUCCUCACACGUCCACCCAAAGCUUCGUUUAAUUAUACGAGGACCGCUCUCACCUGGUGUUUGUAGCUCACUUGUAGCACCACUAUCGUUGUGCUUCAUAUACAGUGACUCUGUUGGUUGGAUUGUUAUGGCGUGAAACUCUGUGAUCUGUUGCAAUCCCUGCUGCAUACUUGUGUGCAACAUACAGUGCCUGCUUGUAGACUUUGUUGUUGUUUCUUUUACUCAAACUUCCAAAUUGUUUGGUUGUCGAUGUUUCUUUUGCAUGCCUAAAAUGUUCCAGUAGUUUCAGUACUAAAUCUCAGUGGAUUCUUAUUGUGCUGUUGUGGCUCUCCUUGUGCUAUAGGUGAGGAUUUCCUGCAGACACUAAUGUGUAUAUAAAACUGCAGCUAAUAUAUGGAGGGUGUGUUUGAGUGUGUUCAAUUUUUAUAACUGUUUUCAUGUGGUUUAUCUUUUAAUAGAGUUGAAAACAAUGCCUUUAAUCUGGUAUUUCUGCUUGGAUGGGCUGUGCUGUUCUCGGUUAAUAUGUCACAGGUUCAUACUCUGCAAAUUGUGAGAUAGACCCUCAUCAGUACAUACAUCUUGUAACUUAAAUAAAUUCAACCAGUUAAUUAUUUUUUAUCACAAUGAAUGCAAACCAAAGUACAAACUGGGGUUUUAAAAGUUUUUCUGAAGAAUAUUUUACCCGAAUCUUUUAUUAUUCACAUCUGACUCGCUUCAUUUUCUUGUCAGCUUUUGGAUGAUAUUUUGAACUGAAAUCGCAAGGAGUAGAGGAGUGUAAAUACCUGGGGUCAGUCAUCCAAAACAAUGAACGGUGCACAAGAAAGGGGAAGAAGAGCGCGGAGCCGGGGUGGAAAUGGUGGAGACGAGUGGUUUAUAAGAUGGUAGCGAGAUCUGCUAUGAUGUGUGGUCUAACAAAAAGACAAGCGGCAGAGGUGGCAGAGUUGAAGAUUUUCAUUAGGAGUAAUCAGAAUGGACAGGAUUAGUAAUGAGUAUAGCAGAGGGUUGAGCGGUUUGGACAUGAGCAGAGGAGGGAUAGUGGAUAUUGUGGACAAUGGAUGUUGAGUAUGGAGCUGCUGGGCAGGAGGGAAAGAGGAAGAUACAAAGGAGAUUCGUGGAUGUAGUAAAGGAGAAGCAGAAAGAUGAUGUGACAGAGAUAAGGUGAGAUGGAGGCAGAUGAUCUGCGAUGGGGACCCCUAAAGACGGCAAGAGCUGAGGCCAACAGGACUCGAGUUAUUCAUCUUAACUUUGACAUUCAGGGAAAAUGUCAGACCACUGUUUGAAUUCUUCCUUGAUGUCACAACUUAGCAGUUAACCACCAGGAAAGAGCUAGCUGAUGAUGGAGCUUGAAAAAACAACAGUAAUAAGCUCGAACACACCAUACGUACCAGAUGUUACGACAGUUUACCCAGCAGCUGUCAGGGUAUUAAACUACAGCAUCUCUAAUCGCCACUGCGCCUGUGCAGCUAACCUUUAUUACAUCAGCAGAGGAAUUACCAGAAUCAACUUACUACAAUUAACUUUCCCAUUAUCCACCCUGCUGUUGUGGUGGAAAUCCGUCUGUAUAUUUCUGCACUCAAUAGCUGUUUAAUUAGACACAGGCCAGAGAGGCCUGACUGAUGACAUUUAAAAUGAGAAUUGAGAAAAGUGUCAAUACCUGUGCGUGUGUGUGUGUGUGUGUGUGUGUGUGUGUGUGUGUGUGUGUGUGUGUGUGUGUGAGAGAGAGAGAGAGACUGAGCUGAAUAUUAUACUGACGCUGACUUUAGUCACACUUCUUGCUAAGAUUUGCUUGAAAAAUAUGCUGUAUAUAUAUAUAUAUAGAUAUAUAUAUUUAUUUUAUUUUAUUUUAAAUACACUGUGUUUCUCAAGUCUUCCUGUCUUGACAGGUUCGCUCUGGAAAAUGCAGCUGCAAAGUGCCGGUCCGUUACUUGAUAUCGAAUUCCUUCAUUUCUCUGGUGGAAGUUGGUUUCCAUGUGCAGUUGUUGUUCUUGUUGUGUUUCUGGACCUGUGCAGGUAGAGAUUUUUAUACUGUGACGCUUCAGCCACUUACAGAUGUUCUCCAGUUGCUGUG